CAUAUAAACUUGAUUUUAUUCGAUUUUUAGCCAAAAAAUGAAUCAUUUAGUUAUUAAAAUUGUAUUAUUUUAUGUUCUGCCACGCCCUACGAACUUACAGCUCCUCAUUAAUGUCAAGAAUCAGGGUGGCGAUGUUAUGCAGGAGAACAUAACCGCGAACGUGUCUGAGGACACCAUCACCCUUGAGUUCCUGCGCCUCGACGGCGUGCACGUCUCACAGCUUGUUGAUUUCACCAAUGAAGUGGAAGCAAUGCGAGUGGUCAUACCAGGAGAAGAGGAGCUAAACCAGAUGGGCCACCAGACGUUGUGCUUCCUUACACAUGCUGCACAGGCCGACUUCAUCGCGCCUGAUGCCAUGGCCAAACUCAGACAGAAAAACCCGGGCACUGUGCGGGUGGCAGAAGAAGACAAAGGCUGGCGCCAGACGACAUCGACGGCGUGGGCCGGACGCGCGACGCGGCUGCUGUCGCCGGCGGCUGCGAGACAUUGCGCCGCUGCGCGCGACCGCGUCUUUUUGCGCGCUGCCGAUCUCGUGCGCUGGGCGCCCCGCCCAGGCCUCGAGCAAUCGUCAUACUCGUCAUCGGUGACGCCAUUCCCAGCGCACGCUCUGGCGUUGGAUGAAGCGGAGGGAGCGCCCGGCAUCCGCGCUUGCGUAGCUGAGACAGACGCCGCCAAGGAAUGUCAAUGUCAUGUAGAGGUAUGUGUAAACUGGUAUCCCUGUGGACUGAAGUACUGCAAGGGCAAACCACAAGGAGGUUUGAGCUACCGCUGCGGCAUUAAGACAUGUCAUCGCUGCUACCGUUACCACUUCUAUGUGCGGCGGCGAGACGGUUGCCUGUCCUAUACGUGACACCGCGCGCGUCGGCCCGCGCCGCCGCCGCCGCCGCCGCCGCCGCCACACGCGUCUUUCGCGUGCCAAAGUGUUUCUCUAGUCGCUUUAGUUUUGGCUUUCUCACUCAAAGACUAAACUUUAUUUUACUGUGACAAUACUUUAUAUUUUAUACAUAUUUUGCUACAUUAAGUAUAUAUAAGUGUAAGUGAACAAAAUAUUAAUAAAACGAA